GCCGAGAUGAAAUUCGUUUUGCUUUUUGCUCUCUUGGCUUAUACCAAGUUUUCCUCGGGUAGUAAAACCGGAGCUUGUCAGUCACAGUGUGCAACACCGUGUAAUCCCGUCAACAUCAAUGUGUACGGUAAAGAAGGCCUGAAGGGCGAGAAAGGAGAAUCAGGAACAAAUUGUAAAUGCCAUUUACAGGAUCCAAACAAACCUUCUGCUCACAUUGAAGCUGUCAAUAAGUACUUAACCGUGACUUAUCAAGCCAACACAGUGAUAAAGGACUGGUCUGUCAGUGUCCCUCACAGCCACCUGGCAGGCGGCAUGAAGUACCACGACGGAAAACUGACUGUGCCCACCUCUGGACGGUACUACAUCUACACACAACUUUACUAUCUCUCGACUGGGAGAGUCAUUGUUCGUGUAAACAACAAUCGCGUUACCAUGAUACAUCCUCUGAAAUCAGGAACCGGCCAAGGUGCUCUGUACGCUGGAGGGGUGUUUAACCUCAAGGCUGGUGACGUCAUCUCGUUGGAAGCGACAUACUCCACCACAGUCUAUAUGUCUGCCAGUCACAGUUAUUUCGGUGCUUUUUUGAUUUGAGUGUCAAUCAUUGCUUGUUGCGAACGAAAUUGCACCAUAUCCUCAUCAACUAAGGGUUUCAAAGCUCGGUAAAUUUUUUGACCAAACUGUUGUUAUGAUGUUGCUGAUUUGUAAAUUAAAAGACACUUUGAAUUCACGUUUGUAUCCGGUUGCUUGGUGAUCGUAAUUUUUCUUUUAAGAAUUAAAAUAAAAAAGGAUGGUGCCAGA